AUGGACGAGCAUAGACCAAAAGUGGGGGAGCUGACGGAAGUAAAGGUGGACGAAGAUUUCAAUUUCACCCAGAGUGACACAAGACCUCAUAUUGACGACAGGGAUCCAAAAGGAAUCAACAGCAAUCUAAAGGUCAUGUUUGAGGAUGUGAUUGGUGAACCCCCUUCAGUGCGGAGCUUUGAUCGUGUCUGGCUUUGGAGUUAUGCUGUAUUUGAGGUGUCCAGAUUUUGGGGCUACCGCGUCAUCUCCCUUUUGCUGGCAGUGCCGGUGUCGCUGGCAGCAGGGCUGCUCUUUGCUGUUCUCAGCUGCAUCCACAUCUGGCUGAUCAUGCCCUGUGUGCAGCUCCUACUCAUCAAUAUGCAGUGGAUCCAGACUGUAUGGAGUAGCAUACUGAACAUUUUUAUCACUCCUUUCUUUAGCAGUUUUGGAAGAUGUUGUGGUCAAGUUGUCAUCUACCUGGCAAGCAGUGAAAAUAGAUAGAAGUAAUUAUUGAAACAAAUAACCAGAAGGUAUGACGAAAAGACCAAUAAAGAAUUAUUAGCUAUUUUUUGACAGGGAACCUGUAUCAUUUUUAUGAUUACUUUGUAUGCCUCUUAUGCUUUGAGGUAUGUUGGCACACUUAUCAGUGUAUUUCAUUUUGUAGUGGCACUGAUAUA